AUGAAAAAAACAGAGAAGAUGUCAGAAUACUUGCCUGAAGAGGUUUUAAUUCAAAUAUUAAUCAGAUUGCCUGUUAAGUCCAUUUUAAAAUUCAGUUGUGUGUGCAAGUUAUGGAAUUCUAUCAUCAAAAAUCCUCAUUUCAUCUCUACUUUCUCGUCAAACAAACAUCACCACUACUACUUUUUGUGUCACUCUUAUAACUCUAAUCAAUACACUCUGCGUUUCGACAACAAACAUCUCGAUGAGUACGUCUCCAUCCACCUUUCAACCAAGCCAGUUACUUCUGUAUGGUUGGCUCUAGUAAUGGUCUUGUCUUUUUCGGUUUCCUCUGAUAAUGAGGCCGUUCUCUAUUCACUCAAUUCUAAUUCUUGGAAGAAAAUCACUAAUGUUGCUUGCAAGUUUAGAAAAGAUGGAUGUCGGUUAGUCUCUCUUUCUUUUGUCGAUGGAAGAUUCUAUUGGCCAAUAAUUGCUGAGAAAAAAGAAUAUGGUGUUGGUGUUUGA